AAAUUUUUUUUUUAAACAGCAAAAUUAAUAAAGUUUAUUACUAAAUUAUUUCAUCACUAAGUAAUUGUAUUAACUAAAUUAUAAUGAAAUAUGUUUCGUUUAGUUUGAUUGCUACUUUAAUUUUUGCUGGUUAUGUUAUUAAUACAAUAUGGAAUUUAGCUGAAAUUUUUAUACCACCCGAAUGUAGUCGUGGCGAAAGAUGUUUUACCUCUUAUUUAGCUUCUAAUCCAGUACAACAUUUAGUUCUUUAUACAUCUAUAAAAGAGAAUCCAUACAGAGGUGGCAUAUCAGAUGCAGCAGUCAAUAAAGUUCAUACAUCCUUAAAAUUUGACUAUAGAAAACCGGCGAAAAUUGAUUUAACCCUUAAAAUUCCAAGACGCACAAGGAAUAAUGGUACACUGUUUAUGCAUGCAGUUCUUUUAGAUGAGAGACGUCUCUAUGAUGACUUCAUUGAUAUUUUUCGGAAUGAAGCCAUUUAUACUCUGCCGCUAGUCACAUACAUGGAUCAGAAAGAUGAGACAUUUAAUCUUCUUCAAGGCAAUAAUGGACAGGAAAUCAAACCAAAAAAGAUUGUUAAGCCCUACUCACACAUUUUCAAAGUUGCACCAUUGUCCAUACUAACAGAUGAUUUGCAACUACCAGUAAAGAAAAUUCCUGGGGAACUGUAUCCCUAUGUCAGAGUUCGAAAUGAAAAAUUCCUGCCAAUCAUACAACACAAUGUGUUGAAAUCCCGAAUAUCUGAUUUGGAACUAUUGAGAAGCAAUACAUCGGAGGUGAAUGUGACAGUUGAGAUAUCUCCAACGUCAUACGGUGUGUUGCGGCUGGCGCUGCACGUGAGACUUGCCUUGCUGCAACUGCAGAGUCUGGGCUUCAGCGAGAAGGAUGUCGAUGAUGUCAAAGGAAUUUUUGCUGAUACCAAUUUAUAUUUGCUGUCGGCGACUGUCUUGAUUGCUAGUUGUCAUUUACUAUUUGAUUUCCUGGCGUUCAAGAAUGACGUGUCAUUUUGGCGAAGCAAGCGUUCUCUGGCGGGUCUGUCGGCUCGCACCGUGCUCUGGCGGGCGUUCUCACAAAUUGUCAUAUUCUGCUACUUGCUGGAUGAGAAGUCAUCACUGCUGAUACUUAUACCAUCCGGUAUCAGUGCGCUGAUUGAGCUAUGGAAGGUGACGAAGGUCUUUCACCUGCGGGUGUCACUGGGCAGCGGCUGGGGCCUGCGCGUGUGGCGCGAGCGCAGCGCGGCCACGGAGGAGGCCGAGCGGAGCACGGAGCGCGCCGACGCCGAGGCCAUGCGCUACCUGACGGCGUUACUGUACCCACUGUGCGCGGCCGGCGCGCUCUACUCGCUGUACUACGAGCCGCACAAGAGCUGGUACUCGUGGGCGCUGCACAGCGUGGUGAACGGCGUGUACGCGUUCGGCUUCCUGUUCAUGCUGCCGCAGCUGUUCGUCAACUACCGGCUGCGGUCGGUGGCGGCGCUGCCGUGGCGGGCCUUCAUGUACAAGGCCUUCAACACCUUCAUCGACGACGUGUUCGCCUUCAUCAUCACCAUGCCGACCGCGCACAGGGUGGCCUGCUUCCGCGAUGAUCUGGUCUUCCUGGUCUACCUGUACCAGCGCUGGUUAUAUCCAGUUGACAAAUCUCGUACGGACAUGGCUGUCAGUAUGGACGAGAAUCCAGAAGAACUGGAACCAAUCAAACAGAAAGAGGAAUAGUCUGAAGUAAUAACCAAUCGAAUAAGACUCUUAUAUAAAUUAUGUAAAAUAUAUUUAUAAGAAACUAGCUGACCCGGCAGACUUAGUACUGCCUCAACCCAUAAAAUAAAAGGCCUAAACUUAAUAAAUUUAAAGCUUUCUGAUAAA